AUGUUUUCGGUUUUAUCCUAUGCCAGUUCUGAUGUUGUUGGCAGUGGUGAUGCUGAUUUAAAUAUGGACUUUCUGCAGGGAACCAGAGUUGUGCCGUCUGUGCUGAAAAAAGGGGUGACUCUUCCUUCUGGUCAGUAUGAGGUUGAUGUGGUGGUGAAUAAUGAUAACCUGGGUAAAGCUCAGCUUAUUAUUUCACCAGAAGAAGAAAAAAGUGGGGUGCUCUGCCUGUCACCAGCAUGGUUGAAAAGUGCCGGUGUGCCAUUGCGACUGGACGGUUACGCGGCAGAAUUUGACGAGAGGCAGGGGUGUUAUGCUCUCGGGAAGAACCCGUAUACACGGGUUGAUUUUAACUAUGGUAGUCAGGGACUGGUGUUCAGUAUCCCGCAGUCUUAUUUACUCAGUAAAACCGACCCCAGUCAAUGGGAUUAUGGGGUGAAUGCUUUACGUCUUAAUUAUUCUGCGAACGCAGCCCGUAACUCCGGACAGGAGACAACAGCUUACGGUAGUGUUUCCGCGCUGGUAAAUAUCGGACGCUGGGUAUUAAGCAGUAAUAUGAACGCAUCCCGUUUAAGUGAUGGCAAAAAUGAAUUUGCGGUUCGGGAUGCGACACUUUCCACGGCGCUAGGGGGACUGAAAAGUGAUCUGAUUGUCGGGAAGAGCACUACCCGUAGUGACCUUUUUCAGGAUUUUGGCUUUUACGGGGUGGCGUUGCGUUCCAACUCAAACAUGUCGGCCUGGGAUUUCCGCGGAUAUGCGCCGGUUAUCAGCGGGGUAGCGACCUCUUCUUCCCGUAUCACUAUUACCCAGAAUGGUUACACCGUCUAUUCCCGUGUUGUACCACCGGGACCAUAUGCUCUGGAUGAUAUUCAUCCUGUGGGGAACGGUGAUCUUGAAGUAACGGUGGAGGAUGCCAGUGGGCGUAAAACGGUCACCCGUUAUCCGGUGACGACCCUCCCUACACUGUUGCGUCCGGGGGAACUGCAGUAUGACAUGGUAGCGGGGAGACGUUCUUCCGGGGGAGACAUGAAAAAGCCGUUUUCUGAUUCGGAUAAGGGCAUGUUCUGGUCGGGGAGUCUGGCCUAUGGUCUGGGUUCCACCACUCUUGGUGGUGCUGCCAUACUACAUGACAGAUAUAAGGCAGGGGGACUCAGUUUGACGCAGAUGAUGGGGGAACUGGGGGCGUUUUCUCUGGCUGGUACGGUGUCGGAUGCGGAAUAUGACAACAAUGUGAAAAAGCAUGGUUACAGCGUCAGUGCAAAAUACGCCAAGUCCUUUGCAUCUGACACGGAUUUGCAGCUUACGACUUAUCGUUAUCAGAGCAAGGGAUAUGUUGAGUUUUCUGGUUUCGAUCCGGCGGACCGUUAUGCUCGCUAUAACCAGAAAUCCCGUUAUGAAGCCACACUGUCACAGCGUUUAACGGACAAUGUUAGUUUAAGUCUGUUUGGAUGGUGGGAGAACUACUGGAACACAACGGGCUAUGCCACAGGGGGAACUCUCAGUACAGGGUUUUCAUUGUUUGACAGUGUUUCUAUGAGUGUGAGUGGAAACUACAGUCGGUAUCCGUACAUGGAUAAGCCGGAUUACAGUAUUGCUUUGAUUACCAGCAUUCCGUUCAGCAUAGGAGACAAGCGUCAGUACGUAAACUCGUCAGCAGCCUACAGCAGUGUGUCAGGAACAUCUUUCCGCGCCAGUACUUCAGGUAGCCCGACAGAGCGUCUGAGUUACAACGUCAGCGCAGGAUUGAGCAGCAGGGGAAGUGAUGAUGUCGGAGCUGGGGUUUCCUAUGCAUUUGAUGCCACUAACACCAGUUUGAACGUCUCUCAAAGCCGCCACAACACCAGUGUCAGCGGUAGUAUCAGCGGCAGUGUGGUUGUCACUGCGGAAAGUGGAUUGUUCUUUACCCGUGACCAAAGCAACACCAUGGCUGUGGUGCGUAUUCCAGAUGUUGAAGGGGUACGGAUUAAUGGUUCUGCUCCAACUAACAGUCGCGGGUAUACCUCAGUAGGGUUGUCGGAGUACAGCCAGAACCAUAUUGACGUCAACAUGGAAAAUGUACCGGAUGAUCUGGACCUGAUGGUCACAUCUCAGCUUGUGGUACCGACAGGGAACGCCGUGGUUUACCGCCAGUUCGGGGCAAAUUAUGUGAAACGUUACGUUCUUCAGAUUAAGGACAGUAAUGGUCAGUUACUGACUGGGGGGAAUGCCCGGACAGGAGAAGGGCUGAAUGCGGGCAUUAUCAGUCGUAAUGGUGUGCUGUCCAUGGGGAUGCUGGCAGAACCGAAAGAAAUCAGGGUGGACCUGGGGGAUGGUGGCACCUGUCGUUUCUCUAUGACCGGAAUCAAACCAGAAGCAACCAGAGUGCAGGAGGUUCGCUGUGAAUAA